GAUAUCAUCAAAUAUUUACAAAAAUGUGAGGGGUGUACUCACUUUUGUGGGAUACUGUAAGUGGUGAUGUACAUUAUGCUUCCCAUCUUCAACUGAACACUGUGAUGAGUAGCAACCAGCUCCACCUGUGACUGUACUGAAAGGCUUGAAGGGCUUCUUACAUGUUAAAUGGCGUCAAGCAGGGUUGUGUCCUGGGGCCAACCCUGUUCAGCCUCAUGUUCUCCGCAAUGCUGACUGACGCCUUUGGAGACGGUGAUGCUGGGAUAGGCAUCAAGUACCGCACAGAUGGUAAUCUGUACAACCUCAGGAGGCUCCAAGCGAAAACCAAGGUUUCGACAGACAUCAUCAGGGACUUCCUCUUUGCUGAUGACCGUGCCCUUAACAAUAGCACAGAAACGGACAUGCAACGCAGCGUUAACAGGUUUUCUAGUGCCUGCACAAACUUCGGUCUCACCAUCAGCACCAAGAAGACUGAGGUCAUGCAUCAGCCAGCCCAGGGAAGCCCUAUACAGAGUCCAACAUCACUGUCAAUGGUCAGAGACUGAAAACAGUGACCAAGUUCACCUCGGCAGCACGUUGUCACAAAAUGCCACAAUAGAUGACGAAGUUAACGUCCGCAUUGCGAGAGCCAGUUCAGCUUUCGGGAGAUUGUAUGCCAUGGUUUGGAACCGAAGAGGCAUCACCAUCCAGACCGAGCUGAAAGUGUACAGGGCAGUUGUGCUCCCCACACUGCUGUAUGCAUGCGAAACGUGGACAGGGUACCAACGUCAUGCCAGGAAACUGAACCAUUUUCACACCACCAGUCUCAGGAAAAUCCUUGCAAUCAAGUGGCAGAACAAAGUCCCAGACACUGUGGUUCUCAAUCAAGCAGGCCUCCUAAGCAUCUUCACCAUCUUGAUGAUGACCCAGCUAUGCUGGGCAGGACGUGUGAUACGCAUGACAGACCAACGUCUACCAAAAAGACUUCUCUAUGGCAAGCUCCAGCAAGGUCAGCGUUGCCAAGAAGGCCAAAAGAAACGCUUCAAAGAUACCCUCAAUGCCUCAAUGAAAGCAUUUAACAUCAAUCCUGCCUCCUGGGUUACAGACUGCAUUGGAUCGUGACACCUGGCGAUCCUCCAUCCAUAAGGGGUCUUUGCUGUGUGAGAUAAAUUGGACAGAUGUAGCCGAACGAAAGAGGCCAGCCAGAAAAACCCGUGCCAGCAACCUUCCCGGAGACGUGCACCCCAUCCCCUGUCCCACCUGCCAUAGGACUUUCCGUGCAGAGAUUGGUCUGACCAGCCAUCUACGCAUGCAUCAUCUCUGAUGGCAAAAUGGUCUUCGUCGCCACGACGGACAACUAAGAAGAACUAGGAAGUUCUCCUUGUUGAGUGCUGUAUUGAGGCAAAGCCGGUUCAAGUAGCAUGUCGUCACUGAACACAAAAGGUUCCAUCUCAUUGUCAGUCGGACUUUGGAACUGUCAAUCUGCUGUCAACAAGGCAGAUUUCAUUUCUGCAUUUGCAAACCACUCCAAUCUCAGCGUGCUGGCUCUGACUGAGACCUGGAUCCAUGCUGAGAACGCUGCCACACCCGCUGCCCUGGCCUCCAACUUCAACUUCUCCCAUACCUCACGCCCCAACAGACGAGGGGGUGGUACAGGUUUGCUUCUCUCCAAAACAUGGAAAUUUACCUGCCUUUCUCCCUCUUGCUCAUACACGUCCUUUGAAUUUCAUGCUUUUACAGUCACUGACCCUGCCAAAAUGCACUUUCUUGUUGUUUACCGUCCUCCAGGUCAACUGGGGAAGUUCAUCGAUGAAUUUGACACGCUACUGUCCACCAUCCCAGAUGAUGGAACUCCUCUUCUGGUCCUUGGUGAUUUCAACAUUCAUCUAGACAAGCCACAUGCAGCUGACUUUCUUGCUCUCCUUCCCACAUUCGACCUCAAGCAGUUCACCACACCAGCACCCCACAAAGCCGAACAACCUCCUGAACACCAAGCAGUCUGGCUUCAAGAGCAACCACUCCACGGAGACUGCUCUGCUUUCCGUCACUGAAGCCUUACGACUAGCAAGAGCAACCUCUAGAUCAUCUGUCCUCAUCCUACUUGACCUCUCUGCUGCUUUUGACACUGUGAACCAUCAGAUCCUCCUGUCGACUCUCUCCAGCCUGGGCAUCACUGGAACGGUUCUGCGCUGGGUGGAAUCCUAUCUCUGUGACAGAUCCUUCAAGGUAUCAUGGAGGGGAGGUAUUUCUGAAACUCAGCAACUCACAACUGGCGUUCCACAGGGCCUGACGAUCCAUCCGUCUCUGCACGCAUCUCUGCUUGCCUUUCGGACAUCUCGGUCUGGAUGAAGGAAAACCAUCUUAAGCUUAACCUGGCAAAAUCUGAGCUUCUCGUGAU